GGACCCUGGAUAUGAUGCCGAUGUGGAAGUGGUCCGCCCAUAUGCUAUCGAAGAGCCGGACGAUGAUGCAGACCAGACCCCUACAUCUGCAUCAACAAGGCCCACGACUCCAAAGUUAUUGGAUUCUGCAGAAUAUUGGCAAACCGAAUUGGUCAAUUCUCUGCGAGGUCUCUGCUGCGACUCAGACAGCAAUGACUUCCAGCCUUUGCCGAAGCAGAAACGUGGACGAAAACGGAAGAUUGCCAGCGCAUCGGCGCUAUACCAGAACCCUCAGAGGACAGCCUCUGAAAUGAGGCUACAGGAUGUUGAUCUGCGGCCGGAGGGUCCAUUCGCCAGUCCCAAGAGAAUGCGGAGGAGGAGUAGAAGGUCGGGGGAAGACCUCACGACGGUCCGCAGUGCUCUCUCGCCUGGCGCCCAUGAUCUCCGUGCAAAGACUGGCUCCAGCUCUGCGCGAUUGUCUCCCGAAGCUGGUGGCAUAGAGUCAGCAGGAUAUCCUACCAACAGUGUGUCAGCGAGUGACCAGAUGGAGAUAGAUUGA